AUGGCUUCUAUCGCAGCCACGACCUCGCCUGGAACUUCAGAGGUCACUUCGGCCUCUAGCGAUCCUCCAGGGCCCUCAAAUAAAUCUGAAGAAACAUCUCUGUAUCUUCCAUUAUCAAUGCGCAAGCAAUACGUCCUUGCGUCCACCCAAACCGAUCCGCCAGCCUCUUCUGACCAGCAAGAACCGGCUGUGGCCUCUUCAUCGACUACUACCACUCCCUUGCUCGCCGCAUCUCUUCGAAGAGCUGGCUCUCGUCCCCUUCUCCGACGCCAGGGCUCCAGCGCGCGACGGACCGGGCCUACGACACCGCCGCUCCAUCAGCUGCUGCUCGCCAACGGCACACUGAGCACAAUCUCAAUCCUCUCCUCGCCCGCCCUCACCUCUAACGGUACUUCUCCUCGCUCCAGCGCAUCGCUCGAUAGCCUCGUGGACGACGGCUCGGUCACUUUAUCUGCUGAUGAGCAAAUAAAGCCCAAAGAACUCGUCACAAUGCUCGCAGAAGAAAAUGAGGAGCUUUACCUCGACAAUCUCGAGUUCAAGGAGCUCUUGGACGCUCGCCAGCAGGCCCUCGUGCGUGCUCAGGCAGACCUCAAGGAGUCCAAGGCGAGCAUCGCUGGACUCGAGAAAAAGCUGCAAAGAAAACAAGAAAAAUAUCAAUUGGCCAAAUCCGAGUUGUACGAAUCGUACAGACGAUACGACUCGGUCAAGUAUGUCAGCAGCAUUUUUUGCAGCAGCUUCAAGACACAUCGGCUAUUGGCCGAGGAGCGUGAAAAGGCAAACGAGGAGCUCCGUCGCCGUAAUGACGAGCUCUUGGUGCUCCUCGAAGAAAUGACGCGCGACAAGGACGUUGUCUCUGCGGACAAGGCCCAGCUGCUAGCGGAAAAGGAGGAGUUGUUGGCAGAAAAGGACAAGCUGCAGAAGGAAAAGGAGCAAUUGCAGUUGGAACGCGAACAAGCCCAGGCAGAAAGCGAGCGACUCCAGUCUGAAAAGGAGGAGCUCAAGACCUCGCAUGCCAAAACCGUUGAGGAGCUGCAUGCCGAGGUUGAUGCCCUUCGUGCAAACAUCAAGCUUAUUGAGCGCAAGAACGCUCAGAUGCUCGACAAAAACGCCUUUUUAACUCUUCAGAUUGACGAGCUGGAAACUCGCCUGGACGAGCGAAGCAGUCAAAUGGAGGGUCUAGAGGCCCGUAACGAGGAGCUCUGCGACACGAUUCGUCUUAUGCAAGAACGAGAAGAAGAAUUGGAAAAUAAGGUUGAAGAGGCGCGAGCCGACUUUCAUGAAGUCCAGGGUGUGCUCGAGGACCUCGAAGCCGCAUAUUUGCAACUCAAGACCACUGGACGAUCCAAUAGCUACGUGCCCGAUGACCGUAGCGAACGUGCCAGUAUCACGAGCGAAGACAUGGACGUAGCCGCCCUCGAAGAUGCUGCCAACGCCGUCAACGAGCAUGGUGAACAUGUCGAACACGAGCGACACCACCGUUCCUAUGAGCGCCCUUCGUCCACCGUUCCUGAAAUUGACACCAGCGAUCCCGCUGCGGUUGCCGCCCAGAUCAAGCGUCUUGAGCGACUUAUCGACGAGUACCACGAUUGCAUCAGCUCCCUCCGCCACGAACGUGCCAAGCUCUCGGAUAGGGCGUUGGAGAUUGAGGACAUGGAACGCGAUCUCCAGGGCCGCCUUGACAAGUAUCGAGAGAUCCAAAUCGACUUUAGGGAGCGCGAAAACGACUUUUAUGCCGGUUGCGAGAUUCGCGAAAAGGAGUUCCUCGACCUCAGCGACGAGUAUGAGCAGUGGCGCCUCGAUUGCGAGGUCCGCGAGCUCAAGGUUGAAGAAGAGCGCAUCGAGGUCUGGCGGUUCCGCCGCGAGCUUGAGAGGCGUCUGGAGCGCGUUAUUCACCGCGAGGCACUCGUUCGCAAGCGCGAAGGCGAAGUCCGCUGGCGCUUGAUGUGCCUCGAUGGCGCAUUUGCGAAUGCUGAAGGUUGCUGGCGCUGCAUCCCACAACCGCCCGAGCUUUUCCCUCCAACUCCCGAGCUGGACAUGAAGCACAUUGAGGAUGAAGUCGAAGAAUUUGCUGCAGAGCAAGAGCUCCUGCGCCAAGAGGCCCUCCGCGUCGCUGAAGAGACGGGCAAUCCUCCCGUUCAACCGGAGUGCUCGCUCGUCCCUAUUCGUGGUCUCAACCGCGAGCAAGCAGAAGAGAGGCUGCGCGAACUCGUCGAGGACGAUGUUGAUGAACGUUACCUUCGUGAAGAACUCGAUGCACCGUUCGAGUUUGACACUCACGAGGCCGUUCGCCGAUAUAUUGAGGAGCAGGAGCAGUAUGAGCGCGAUUAUAGGAUGGACGAGUUUAUCGAUUUCCAAGCGGAGGAACCCGAGCUGCAACAAGCUGCCGCCGAAUUUGACGAAAUCGUCCACGCAAAGGUGGACGAGUUGAUGCGCCAGGCCGACGAGAAGCGUCGCCAGGUAAAGGAAGCAAAGGAGCGAAAAGAGAUUAAGGAGGCUCGUGAAGGCGAGAUUCCAGGCGUGUAUGACCCUGCAUUGGCCAAACUCAAUAACGACGGAUUACAUGGAUUGGGGCUCGUUAUGAACCCAGAACAAGCUCCGGAAAGCGAAGACGCUACCCACGAUCCCUCUGCCCUCAGCUCUGCCUUUACGUUUUCGUGCCCAAAGGCGAGCACUUCGACUGCCGGCGCCGAGACUUCCUCGUCCACGACGCACGCCCUCGCGACUGAUGUCGCCACGUAUGCCCGUGAGGAAAGUCAAGGUGCCGAUGCUGUUGAAGGAGGUGCAGAGGAACUCACAACCUCGUGGGAGGACGUCACUCGCGAUACGGAGGCCUCUGGAGUUCCUGUCAACCCGGAUUGUAUCACAACUUCUCAAGAGGGAUUCAAGAACAAAAACAAAGGAAGUGGCCCACGACUGAAGUACAUCAUCUUCACGGUCAACAACACCAAAACCGAGAUCGUGGUCGAAAAGACGUCGACUGACUCGACGUACGAGAACUUCCUCAACGACCUCCCAGAGAAUGAGCCCCGAUGGGCACUUUACGAUUUUGAGUACGACCUUGGGGAUGCCGGAAAGCGCAGCAAGAUUGUGUUCAUAGCCUGGUCUCCUGACUCGGCGACUGGACGACAGAAGAUGCUAUUUUCGUCUUCCAAGGCCGCGCUCCGUGAUAGCUUGAAAGGAAUUAUCAAUGCAGACAUCCAGGCUACCGAUUUAGACGAAGUUUCGGAAGCAGCGCUCCUUCAGAAGCUCCCGAGGACGUAA